GUCGCGCUCGUGUGCUACUUACCUACUGGAUGAAUACGACGAGUGUCAUAAUCGUGACCUGAAGAUAAUCUACUUCUCUUAUCAACUACAAUCUAUUAAUCACAAUCUAUCAAUCAAGUUUGUUGUAUUCAACAAUCAAAAUAAAACAGUUUAGGAAACCAUGCCCAGCACCAAUUACAUCGCGACCGGCCCGACUGCAGCUUCUUCUCGAAGCUCGAUCGCAGCACCAGCCGCACAUAAGAAUCCAGGAGCCCCAGUAUUAUGGAAGAAGCGGCCCCGUUUUGUGCCCGAGGAGCAGUUCCAGGAGUUUCUGUGGGGUGAUUUUCGUGUGGUAGUGCGGCACCUGGACGAGUUGCAGAAGAACCUCCAAAGUCUGUCUGAACGGAUCCACAUCCUAGAGGAAACGAAAGGCGGCGUCUCGUCGAAAGCGGCCAGCAAAAGUUCUACUGGCGCAAGUUCGUCUAGUGUUGCAGCAUCAUGGGUACGGGUAGGAGCAGAAUCUGAGCCACCGGAACGGGGACGUUUGCUGCGUGGAGACGUGCUGGAAGACCACAGCUCUGUUGCAGCAGGACGAAGAAAAACCCGAAUGGCGCCGUCAACAUUUCCUGGAAGAAGCCACGUGAACACUCGUUCCAACUCCAAAAACGACAAGCGUCACCAGGACGUGGACGGAGCAGCCGCAGAAAUUCAAGACCACCUGGACAACUUCAGCCUGUCCCCGAAGUGGAGCGCCUCCUCUAGCCGACGAAGAUUGUCGCGAGAGCAAAUGGCGCGGCGACGCGGGCGGAAUGAUGAGCAGUCCACUGUUUUACUAGAGGAUGGUAAAAUGACGUCAACUGCUCAUCUACCCGUGGUCUCGAUGGCCAACACCGUGCAGAUGAACUCCCUCGACGCCGUCCUGGCCGACCGGCUGGGGGUGCUGGAAAAGGCGGUUAGUGAACUCGAGAAAGCCGCCCGCGGGUCCACGAGCGCUGAAAGUCAGAAUGGUGAUUUUUCUAGUGCUGCGAAGGCAUCCGCAUUUUCCACAUUAUUACGAGGCCCAGCUACAGCGCCACGCGAUGAAAAGGCUGGCGCAGAAUUGCAGCCCACCGAGGAAGCAGAAGGAGUUGUAAAAAUAAAAAAGAACGACACAGGUAUUGGGGCAGUCCAGACAAAGCAACCUGCUUCGAAGUCCACGUCUGCUAGCUCGAAAGAUACCGACACAGGAGUAGAAAUGUCGAUCUCGGUUGCACCGAAGCCCCCUUCUGCGGAUCCUAAUGACGACACCGCCCGGAUGAAAUCAACUGUGCCGCAUCCGCUGUCCCCACUCCCGCAGCAGCCCGAUGAGUUGGAAAAUAAGGAACAGCAGCAACACAAUCUGCUCCGGCUCGAUGGUAUAGAACGGCAGCAGCAGAUUAUCCUUGAAGCACUGAAGACCAAAGUCACCUCCCGUGACGACGGACUGCUGCUGAGCCGCAACGUGCGCACGCUCGAACGCACUGCAAACGCUGAACUGUUGAAAAUCCAGACGAAGAUGGACAAGAGUUUUCUGCAGGUAGACGCGUCCUUGGAGCAGAAGGCAAGUCUGCAAACGGUGAGGGGCUUGCAAAAGGAAUUAGCACUGAAGGCCGACAUGAAGGACAUUUUGGUUCUUCUGGAAGAUGUUGCGGCUUCUGCGGGUGGUGCUGUUGGGUGCGCUGGCGAAGCCAGUGAGCAGCAGCAGCUGCCAUCGAUGGAGGCGGGUUAGACCCCUGACGAAGACGUACAUUUUUGUCUAGAAUACGCAUCUUCUUCAUCUCUUGACAUCUACAAGAAGAGAAAACCAAUUAGAAUGGUGAAGAAAGGAUGAUGAGAUUUUUUUCGCACCGACAGCCAUCGUGUACACCCUGUCCAUGCACUUCGCAUGCGACCCCGAC